GCAUUCCCAAAGUCGAGAGUCAGCGGCCUUCUUCUCCCUGGAGGAGCGUGGACCCUGCCUCUCCCCAGCAGAUCCCCACCCUGUGGACCAACGGCUCAUACCGGGGCUCCUUCUAUUCCAGGAGACCUUCUCACCUCCGUCAUGCCCACAGAAAGAGGCUCAGAGGAAGGCCGGGUCAACGUUACCCCAAUGAUGGCCUUCGCCAUGAAUAUGACCCCUGGCCCUCUGCUCCUCUGCCCGAUCACGGGAAUUCCCCCAUCGGCUUGGACAGCAGGCCCAUAAGUUCCUCUGAAGGCCCUCAACCCGUCCUGGGUUAUUCCCCUCAUGGCCCAGAACGUGGGGGCUAUGCUAGGUGGCCAGUAGGUUCUUCUGAAGAAGAACAUUGCCUUCAACCCGGUCCCAGUUUUAAUUUUCACGCCCCACUUUGCUUGGACCAGGUUAGUUGGCCCAUACCUUCCUUUGGAGGAGAACAGGGCCUACCCCACUACUACGACGACGGUCAUGCUCAUGAGGACCCUUUUCAUGCUGGCUGUGAUGCGACGCCCAUACGUGGACAGGAGCAUCGCCCUCCACCCAAUGCAGGUUCUUCUUGGGUCCCAGAUAGUUCUGGUGGCCAUAACGGACCCGUACAUUUUUUAGAGCCAGGUCUCCAAUUCUAUCCCUUCACUGACCAGGGGCCAAGAUUCCACCCCUAUAGUUUCUCCUAUUUCCCACAAGGUGUGGGUGACGCCAGCACACCCCUAAGUAUUGUUACACAGGCGCCCCCUCAUUAUUUCCAGGCUGCCCAUGGACCUGGUUACGAGAAUCGGGUGGUGGGUUUUCCCGAGGAGGCCCCGUGGCCCCCGCUCCAUCCUAGGAGGGACCUCCCUGUCCAUCGCGAUGUUAGGACUGGCCCUUGGUCCACAGAUGGAGGCGAAGGAGAUUGGGGCUCUCCACUCCACGCGGAAGAAAAUCAUCCCAGUUGCUUCUCUGGGCCAGAAUCCUUUCCUCCCGAGGAGGGCUGGGUGCCUUAUAGCCUGCCAUGCAGAAUACCCCGCUCUGGCGCCAGGACCAGGUCCCGGAAGACGCUCCCAAAACGCCCUCGACGUGCCAACCAUCAACGCCAAGCCUGUGCCCCUUGUGCCGCCAGCCGGAAGAAAUCCAGGGACCCUUAUUAAUCCGGCGCCCAUCGCACCCCCGGGGCCCUUCUGCCGGGCUUAACGUGGCAGAGAAAUGUGGCAGGAGCCAUUUUCCUCCCGGGCUGCCCUUCCCUCUUUGCCCACUGUAGAAAUGCCAGGUUGGGCAUCUCGGUUGUGGAGCAAUUGGGAACGAGAGAAAGACCCACAAUUUGGGAUUUCUGAUUUAACGAGACUUUGUGGGGGGGGGGGAUCAGAAUCCGUUUUAGGGGGGGGCUGGCGAGGUUGUGACAUGAUGUGAGACCAGGAAAAGGGGCCACUGGGACAGCUUAGGCCGGUAGUUUUCAAAGUUGGCUCCUUUAAGAUCGGCGGACUUCAACUCCCAGAAUCCCUCAGCCAGCAUUAUGACCUUUAAAGCGCUCCAUGGUACUUGCGAG